GGCAUGGAUCCGUUGGGAGCUCGGUUGAACAUAGUUGAGGAGAGGGAGUUGUGUCGGUGGGCGAACGCUUACGUCCCGUCUUACCCCGACCCCCCCGCGGAGGACAGGACGUCCAGGUUUCCUGUCAACGAAGAACUCAACAGGAAAGUCGUGCUAUGGGAGGGUGACAUCACGACCUUGAACUGCACGGCGAUCGUGAACACGACGAACGAGACGCUGACGGACAGGAACCUGAUCAGCGAGAGGAUCUUCCAGGCCGCCGGGCCGGACCUACGCGCCGAGUGCUCCAACCACCUGAAAACGUGCAGGACAGGAGAAGCGAAGAUGACGAAAGGCUACGGCUUGCCGGCGAGGUACGUCAUCCACACGGUGGGACCCAGGUACAACGUCAAGUACCGAACUGCUGCCGAGAGCGCGCUGUUCAACUGUUAUAGGAACAGCCUACAGCUAGCGAGAGAAAACAGUCUGCAGUCCAUCGGCCUGUGUGUCGUGAACCAGCCCAAGAGAGGAUACCCACCAGACGAGGGGGCUCACAUCGCACUCAGAACGGUUCGCAGGUUCCUUGAGAAGUUCAGCUCCUCCUUAGAGACGGUCGUGUUCGCCGUGACGGACAACGAUGAGGACAUCUACAGGAGAAUCAUGCCACUGUACUUCCCGCGUACGAAAGCGGAGGAGCAGGCCGUGUUGGAGGAGAUUCCCGCCGACAUCGGGAACGAGGAGGGGGAACCGUUCAUCCAGGAGAGACAGAUCAGGAUCAUGGACAAACCCAUCGGACCAGAGGACAGCACUGAAGCAGACGAGAGUUUUGAGGAGGGUCUGCUGGGUCUGGACGGGGUGAAGGUCGGAGCUCACGGAUUCGCCAUGAUGGAGGGGGACCACGACAAGGCGCGACUGCAACAACUACAGGGGAAAAACUCCGACGAACAGAUCCUACUGGAGCAGCAGAGAAGGUACCAGAGGUGGCUGAAACGCUCCAAGACUGACGACUUGUCAGACAUUGCAGCUCUUAGGGUUCUCUACCAAUCAGGUUCAGACAUAUUCGGCCGGCCGGUGGUGGUUAUUGUCGGCAGAAACUUUCCUGUUAACGUCAUCGAUCUGGACAAGGCCCUGUUGUACUUUAUCCAAGUGAUGGACCCGAUCGUGAGUAAGGACUACGUCGUCGUGUAUUUCCACACACAGAGCACCGACGACAACCAACCAGAACUCUCCUUUCUCAGGAGUGCAUACAAUCUCCUAGACAACAAAUACAAGAAAAAUUUGAAGGCAUUUUAUAUUGUGCACCCAACAUUCUGGUCUAGGAUAGUGACAUGGUUUUUCACGACGUUCACGGCCAGCAGUAUAAAAGACAAGGUUCGCAGUGUGCAGAGUGUUCAGGAGUUGUACCACACCAUCCCUCCUGAACAACUCGACAUCCCACCUUUUGUACUGGACCAUGACAUACAGCUGCAUGGUCCGAUGUACAGCCAGAGCAACUCCAACCCUGACUUCACAACGUCUGCUGAGGAUGCAGGAAACUUGUAACCUGCCUUUCCAACUUCGUACGUGGGCCGCUACAACUUAGUUUCCUGGUUCUCGGGUUUUAACAUGCUAAAAUGUGAUGCCAGCAUGAAAGCAAAGUCUUCACCAUACAUCUGAAAACUCCCCUAUGUAGAAUAAAAGGUUCUGAAUACAUGUAUUGUCAAAUUCAGGUUUUCUUCCCAACCUACAUCUCUGUUAUGUUUACCUUCGUAGAAGGAAAACAUUGUUUUUGCUCAGUUUCUUCCUCUUCUCCAAACACGUAAGGUCAAUGACCUGGACCAGACGGCUGUCACCAUGGUAACUGCUGCUGUAGCAGACACCCUGUGGUGUUGGAUUACCUUGUGUAGCAAGCUGCAGGACAGAGUUGGAGGGGCUGGUCACCACGUAAUAUAGAUGUGUUAGUAUAGAAUUAACAGAGCAGUAGUUUGUUAGGCUAGACCAUUCGAAGGUAAACAUAAUGCAUUUGCUUUGUAAAUGUUACCUUUGCAUUUGCUUAAUUUCUAUUUCAAAAUGGACGGGAACCAAGAAAAUAAUUUGUUGUGGCCUCACCAACAUAAAACUAUGCCUUCAGUACAAAUUCUCAUCUCAACAUUGAUUCAACUCGCACAAAACGAUUUUCUACUCAAAUCUGGAAGUUUCUUGAUUCUCCAAGUUUUGUAUAUUUAAACCGAGAACAGUAAAAAAGAAAAAGAUUUUCUGAUGAUUGUACAAAUUCUUGCCACAUCUCCGUCUACGAUUUAGUAGAACUGUUGAAUAAUAAUUGUGAAGUGUUGUAUCACAUGUAUUAUGUGGUUAUAUCAUGUAAUGUGAAGUAUGGUGCCAGUAUGUACUUAGGUGGUCAUGCUAGUUUAAAGGCAUCCAAUGCGAUUUCAGAGGUGCAAAACUGGAAAUAUUCUGAAUAGGGCAAUCUUUAUGAUAGUGACACAUACUGUUUC